AGAGUGUGUGUGUGAGAGAAAGAGAAAACAGACAGAAAAGCCAGGAGAAGAGGUGACACAUUGUGUGUUAGUGUGUUAUGUUCCUCCCUGUGUUCUUUGUUCAGACCAGGAAGGCACAGGGAUACAUGAGACGCUGCUUCACACAGGAACACUGAGGCUGCCUCACUGACUGCCUUGGCUGCCUUGUUUGGCUCUUGUGCUGCCGGGAAACCCAUCCAUGUUAUUCCCUUUGUCUCCUCUUAAUUAGCUACGGCAAGAUUUUCACAGCCAGAGAGGAGGACAGCAACGUGGAGACCUAACAGAAGAGGACAGAGGAAGGAGAAGAGAGGACGAGAGAACAAAGAGACAAUGUUUUGAAACGUAGACAAAACAUAAAAACAGAGACUGUGCUCAUCCAGAGGCUCACAGGUUCAUCUCCAAGACUGUUUUCUUUGUCUGUCAGUGGAGAUAACAAAAGAACAAUCCUUUCUCUGACACAUUUGGGAGUUUAGAAAUCAAUCCAUAGGGAUGUUGUUGUUGACAUGGUUUGGUGCUAAAUCAUCCCUGCAAACUGAGGUGUCACUGUUCAAAUAAGAAUCUGGGUAUGUGGGUGACGUCUUCCUAAAGAGUCUCCAACCAGGACUGCUCACUUCAGACCAUGUGGAUGUAACUGACUGCACAUCAAAUCUGCCAACUUUCCUGACCCUUGAAAGUUAUAACGGAUUGGUCAAAGUUGUACUUUUGAGGAAACAAGAUUUUGUGAUAUCAAGAGAGGUCACAACCCCCAAAGAGUUUGUGGAUUUUUUUUGCUGACCAAACAUCUGUACAUUUGAUGCAUCCGGUCCACUGGUGUAACGGGUGUCUGUGUAACCUUGGAUUGCAGAACGUCGGCCCAUACUGCAAAAUGUCAUCUGAAGAGCUCUUCCACCUCCCACUCAACGUCUACAUCAUCGUCCUGGGCAUCGGACUCUUCAUUCUCAUGCUCAGCCUCAUCUUCUGCUGCUACCUGUUCAGACUCAGGCGACAAGGUUCAAGAGAACAGUACGGAUACAAUGAGGUCGUUUUAAAAGGAGCCGGGAAGAAGCUCAGUCUGCUGGGGCAAAUGUGUGCAGUGUGUUUAGAAGAGUUUCGCAGCAGGGACGAGCUUGGCGUGUGUCCGUGUUCUCACGCUUUCCACAAGAAGUGUCUGCUAAAGUGGUUAGAGAUCCGCAGUGUGUGUCCAAUGUGCAACAAGCCCAUAUGUCGCCUCCAGCCCGACCCCCCACAAGCACCUGAGCGGCCACAGAGUCUCCUGGAGGUCUGAGAGGGGGACACCUGUCCAGCACCUCCUCUGGCUCUCUCUGGACAUUUAACUCCUGCCACUAUGGAGCAUUGUGUUUCACUUUCCCGACAAAAGAUUGAAAUUUAAGUAAUGCAAACAUUUUACGAAGCAGAGCUGCUCUCUGAGGAGAUAUUGUAAAACUGACUGAGUUGAACCUGAAGUGCAAACCGAGGACCUACUUUGCAAACAUGGAGCAAAGAGCUGAUGGUGAUGACUCAUUUACAACCCUGAUAGGCGUUCACAACAGAAGAUUCAUUUAAAUGAUCAAGCCUUCAAAAUUCUGCACAUAGCCAGAUGCUUAAAGGAAAACCUGGAUGCUACUUUCACAUGUUUUCUGUUGUGCAGAGGUCAGAUAAAUUUGAAAUAGUCUGGCAGAUUGCCUCAUAUCACCCAAUCAAAGUCCAACCACUUGAGUCGCUUGUUUUUGUCACUGACGGACUUAAACGAUUAUUUUAGGUGAUUGACAACAUAAAAAAGACUUUUGUAAAAACAGGCCUCUUUGUCUAAGGUUUAGAACCAGAAACAGCUGUUUUAUUGAUCUCUUCAAAGCCACCAGACUCCAUUAACAAAAAGAGUACUUUUACAUUGUAGAACAAACAAGUCUCUAUACCACUGCUACCUUAUUCAGUUAGAUUUCUAGUUAAUUUUAUUUACUACUGUGUUUUAAGUUGGUUAGUUGGAAGCCACCGCAAUACGUGUUUGACAUGAAUCAACUGACUGUGGCAGCUGUAGAUUGGCAACAACCGUUAUUUGUACGGUUAAAUUACUGUUUUUGUCAAUGGAGUCUGGCAGCUUUGAAUAGGGUGACAUGUAUCUUAGUUUUUCUAUUUUAGAGGACCUAAUCCAGCUAUUUCGCUGCCCUCUUAAAAGCCACAAAACUCCACUGUCAAAAAACUCACUCUUACUUUGAAGGAAACAGAUAUUGCAGCCUCGUUCACUUAGUUUUUUUUUUUUUUUUACUUUGGUGUGUUAAAUGGUUAGCUAACACCAUAUGUGUUUGACAUAAAUCAACACUUGACAGUAGCAGCUGUUGAUUGCAGGUGAAAUUACUGUUUUUGUAAAUGGAGUCUGGCAGCUUUAGACAGGGCAACCUACUGGCUGUUUCAAGUUUAAAAAUUGUAUCUUUUGCCGUUUUGGUGGACAUACUUUGACCAUUUCCAUUUUCUGACAUGUAUUAUGUUGCAGUCGUUACAGCGAUGUGUGGGUGAGGUGAUCAUUUGGAGCAGAUUUGAAAUGGUUUGAUUUCUCUUCUCAUCUACAAAUCAAAAUGUAUAAAACAUGGGAGGAGUCAGGGAGGGUUGACUCCUCCUUCAAGCUUUAGUGCACAAGUGCCUUAAAGUUGCAUUACUUCUAAAAGGCCAACAAAAAAUCUGAGUCUUCAAGACUUCUCAGCUCAUUCUUCUUCAUACUCAUGAAUUACUGACUUACAGUGACAGACUUUAAAAUUGUUUCUUAAGAGGCUCAAGAGAGGCUGGAUUUACCUUUUGAUUUGAUUGGCUGAUCAAUGAGAACAUGUAUCGCAAGAAUUCAAUUGAGAAAAUGAAAAAAGAAUGCAAUAUAUGACCGCCCUCUGCAAGUCACACAAAGGAAUGAAAAUGUACAUUUGGACAUUUGAGAGACUUGAUCUGUCAGCAGCAGCACUCAAAGAUUCUUACAUUUACUCCUUGUUGUAUUUAGGUUACGCAUAAAAUAGUGAAUGAGUGAAUGAGCCAUAAAUCCUGAACCACAAAGGGCUCAUUCACAAUCCUACAAAUGCUACUUUUUGCACAAGUUUUUUUUACGGGCUGGUACAUGCUACUGUAGCCUUGUUAAUAGAUUCAGUUGAAUAAAUUCUUCAGCCUGCAGGGAAAAUGUGGUCAGCUUCAGACCCAAUAACUUCAUUAUCUGUUGUGGAGAAACUUUGGAAGAGAUACAAAGUUUAUUACCAUGUAACCACAUGUGGUAUCAAGAUCAAAUUAACUUUUAAAAUUGUGUAAUCACGUGCACAUAUAUAUCGUUGGCAUCAAUGCAGAAUUUGGAAAUCUCCGCCUGUUGGAAAAUGCUUAAAUUCCUGAUCUGACAGCUUUAAGGUGCUGUUUACUUCGGCUUCACCCAAACAGCUCUGUGGGUCCUUCAGCAUGUUGAGGAUGGUGUACAGUUGCAGACUUCUGAUGUGACCAAACUAAAGAGAUUAUUCCUGCCUCUGGAGCAGAUCUGACUCUGACAAAUGUUUGCAUGACAAACUUCAGUCUGGCCUAUUUCAGUUCAAGCUGACAUGCAGAAAGCGCCCCACAUAAGUAAGCCAUGUCUUUCAUCACAACUUCAGAGCCCGGGGCUUGGAUAUAAGAAAAUUCAACCACCAGACACCAGACUUUGAAGAUACCAGGCUAACCUACGGCUCAUUGUUGCCCCAUAUUUGAGGCAAAUGCAGAGACUGUGCUGGAAGACGUUCAGCUGAGGACUUGAAACCAAACAGAACAAUUGUAAACUAACAGGACUGAAUGGUGUGUAUUUUGGUUGUAAUCUUCCAUUGUCUAACCAACUCCAUCCUACAAUGUGUUGCCAAGCCUAAUUAAGCCCUAAAUGGAAAGAUGGAUGAGUCAUAUGGGAUCUGAUAGAAAAGACAACUGCAGGCUGUCACAUGUCCGUGCAGCUUAAACCAUAGACUGUAUAUAAAGAGGUGGAUAAAGCCACCAGAAAAAUGCUUUUAGUUUGCCAUUUAGGCUCAGAAGUGACCUUAUUCGAACCGGAGGGUGGAUCUUAAGUGGAGUUAAAGGCUAAGUUAUCCACAUAGACUGUACACAACAUACAUGUAGCAGCAGUGAUGUCACCAACUGGUUUCUGAAGAGGGGUCUUGAUGCCGAGCGACGGCAGUCAACAUAUUAGAAAUGCUAUCUCCACCUAACUUUCGAUGCAAAAAGGUAAAGCUGAGGAAGUCCUUUAUCCGCCUAGCAUUUGGAUACCAUACAUCCACCUGUCAGUCAACUAAACCAGGCUCCGGUUAUGAAAAUGAAUUUAAAACUUGUAGCAUAAAUGUCGUUAGAGUGGAUGAGUUAUACAAAGAAAUUCACACCCCAUUCAGAUUGUAUCAACAAAGAAAUGAGCUAUUUAAACCAAAACUGUUUUUUUGAACCAGUCUGUAAACAUGUUCUUCUUCUUUAAAAUGUAAUAUUUUAAUAUGGGACCUAAUGGGGAUUCCUUGGUGUUUGCAGCCAGCCUCAAGUGGACACUUUAGGAACUGCAGUUUUUUGCACUUCACCAAAAAGUUAUUGCUUGGUUAUCCGCUAGUUCAGCACAAACUCAGUGAGCAAGGUGCAUCAAUUCCUCACAGUGUUGUGAAUUGGGAUGCUCAUUAAAGAACACCUUUUUAAACACUGAAGCCCCAUAUUUGAGCACAAAGACAACAUAUCAGAUGUUGAAACUGAGAAAUGCCAUUGUUUUUUUGGAAAAUAAUAUGCCGAAAUUUAAACUUGCAUGUUUCACAAAAGGUUGGGACAUGGUCCUGCUUACCGCUCUGUAGUGUCAUCUUUUCUUUUAAAAAGAGUUUUGGGAACCGAGGAGACCAAUUUCUGUCAUUUUGAAAGUGGGAUAAUUGACUUUUCUUGCUCAGUAGGGAUAUGAACAGUUCAGGGGUUUUCUUAGGCAUAUUAUUGUUAUUUAUUAUAAGAUAAAUAUUUUCAUUGGGUGACUAGUUGGGAAUGCAGGCAGGUUUGCCAUUUUCAAUCAAACAUGGGAUUUUAACGUGUUGAAUACAAUUACAUUUUAUCUUUUUAUUUUACACUUUACAAAAUGUCCCAUUUUUUUUUUAAACUGGGUUGUACAAUAUAAUCGCCAUGCAGACUCAAAACUAGCAACUGAAACCAAACACUCAUUAUGAAAAUGUUUCCUGAAGUAAUACAUCAAGAGUAGGAUCAUUCUCUCAUCUGCCAUCAUAUAAUUAGUUUUCUUUAUGCAACUUGUAGAGUCGCCCCCUGCUGGCCAUUUCAAAGAAGAGAGGUUAUGUCCACUUCUUAUAUACAGUCUAUGGUUACAUUGAACUGAAUCAACCAAUGAAAUAACAGAUGUGUUGUUUUUCCAGCUGUAUCAAGUGAACUAUUUUGGCUUUAAUAAGUAAACGGUAUCGUGUCAGUGAUGGUAAAAACACUUUGACUGUUUUAUGUGAAAUACUUGGAUGUUAUCUUUACCAGUGGGACAGAAGUGAACAGACAGAAAUCUAAGCUCCAACAGUCAAAGACCUGCUCAGCGGUGUCGUGAUAAAAAUAGAUCCACUGCACUGAUACGACGAGCCUGUUUGAGCUGGUUUCUUCAGAGAGCGCGGUGCUGCAUUAACUACAUUCUGUGUAUGUACUGUGUAAUAUACUAUGAGUACUGUGCAUAUUGUAAAUGCUUAUUACAUUUAUGACUUUGAAAGUAAAAUAUAACCAGUGUUUUGAUAUGUUCCUUU